CUCUGUUAGGUGCUGUCAGACAGGUGAGAGGAGGGAGAGGAAGGAUCCAAAAGUUAGUUAGACCAGUUCCUAGCUGUGAAGCACAAAUUCUGAAACUAGACUUCUCUGGGUUUGAAUUUUGUGCUUGGUAUUUCCUAGCUGUGUGACCUUGGACUACACCAUGGGGCUCAGCGACGGGGAAUGGCAGUUGGUGCUGAAAGUCUGGGGGAAGGUGGAAGCUGACAUCCCGACCCAUGGACAAGAGGUCCUCAUCAGUCUCUUUAAGGGUCACCCUGAGACCCUGGAGAAGUUCGAGAAGUUCAAGAACCUGAAGUCAGAGGACGAGAUGAAGGCCUCUGAGGACCUGAAGAAGCAUGGCGCCACUGUGCUCACCGCGCUGGGGGGCAUCCUCAAGAAGAAGGGGCAGCAUGAGGCGGAGCUGAAGCCCCUGGCCCAGUCGCACGCCACCAAGCACAAGAUUCCUGUCAAGUACCUGGAGUUCAUCUCGGACGCCAUCAUCCAGGUUCUGCAGAGCAAGCACCCCGGGGACUUCGGUGCAGAUGCCCAGGGAGCCAUGAAGAAGGCUCUGGAGCUGUUCCGGAACGACAUCGCUGCCAAGUACAAGGAGCUGGGCUUCCAGGGCUAAGCCCCUCCCCCAACCCCACCCCCACCCGCCCGGGCUCCGGCCGGAGGAGGGCGGGGACUGAAUCUCCCGUAGCCAUGAAUGUAGAGUGUGUUUCGAGUGUCUGCUUGUUUAUGAGGUGGGAGGGAGGGGCAGAGGGGCUGGGGGCUGGGACGCUCAAGGUGGCUUCGCUCCCUGUGGAGGGUCGUCACCUUGCGAACAGGGAGACACAUGGCCCUUAGCUCACUGUGGCCUGCAGAGUUUGGGUAGCCCUUACUUCUCCUCUCACCUAAAUCCCAAACCAAUUCCUUCCAACCUCCAAACUGACCCACACCUGCACCCUCACCUUUAACCCCAAAGCCAAGCCAUAAACUAAGCCCCAGCCGUGAGAAUUCUCUGAUCCAUCACGCCACUCCUUGAGGGUAGCAGAAUGUCCCUUUGCAACGAGAAGGAGGUCUGGGCAGGGUGGGACAGCCACAGCCAGCCCGAGGGAGGGAGGGGUGUCUGGAAGAGAAGUGUGCCUCCUUGGACAAUGGAGUGACUCACCUGGUUUCAAUAAAAGACUCUGCAACAUCACA